AUGCCUUUGCCUACCCUCAUGUUUGCGAUUCUCCCCAACCUUGAUGAUGCAACACGCGUGGACCCAACCGAAGACGGAGCGGGUUGGCACACGUCCAACACGCAUCUUACCUUGAAAGCUCCCGAUGGCGGUCACGUAUUUGAGCCGCUGACCGCUCUUGGCUAUGUUCGCCCCGACCACAAACUUGAACGUGCCAAAGCGUAUAGCAUCAUAGGCCCCUUUGGGCAUGAUGUGAUUUCAGGCAAAAGCAUUAUCGAGCACUGCCGCGAUACCAAAAAGGAAGUAAUCAUCAACCCUCAAGAGUACGAGCACCUCGCAGGCAAAGCUGUGGUUAAUGGCCUCGGAAUGAUUGUGGAUUUCUACUUUGAAGAUGUAGACGAUGUCACAGGAUGGGAACUCACUGUCAACGCAAAACAUGAUUGGUUUGACCCGCGUGUAAGCCGUUUCAAACAGAUUGUAGUUCAUUACGCGGCUACUGAGUCAUCACGCUUUUGGCCCAUUCAGACUGAAGAAUUGAAGGAAUUUGUAAUCACGUACCACUUCGUUCUCUUCACUCCAAUCAGCUUUGACUGGCCACAGAUUGCUGUUGGCGCAAAGAUGAUGCUCCAUGGUUCUGUGAUCAGGAAAGAUCCCAUCUCCGGAUGGUUUAUUGUCAAGAGUGAAUUUGUCAACCAUUUGCUAGUCUUUUGGAAUGGGUCUCUGCUUCCUGACCAGUUGUUGUCGUGA